CCAACACGUUGAUUCGUUCCAUAUAACCCUGUCUUUUCUUAUAUCAGCUAUACGUCUCCUUGCUUUCAACCUAUUUGCACUAGGGAGAGAUUUGAUUGGCUGACUGUAUUUUCGUUUUCCUAUCCCAGUUGUUCGUCAUUUAAUCGCUACUUUGAUCAAUGACCUAGUGCAUGUCUGACCUUUCAAUAUGUUUGAUAGACAGCACGCGUGCAUUAGGUAUCGCUAUGUGUUUGUCUUACGAUCAUCCUUUAUGAAGGCUUUCAGGGCUGACUGUUUAUAUUUGCUUUUGGCAGUGUGCAUAGUUUUUUUGUUCAGAGUAAUCAAAUAGUGUUUAGGAAAAGAUUAUUUUUCUUUACCACAUUCCACAUCGGUGAGACCAGUAUGCGUUGUCCGUGCUAAACCUCACACCCUUGCUCUGGAAAUUUAUUGAACCAGUCGAGCAAAUUCAUAUAAUAAGGCUGGUGAAUUGCGUAAUUGUGUGCAGACAGGCGUACACACUAAUCCUCAACCGUCAAUCUAAACCUGCACACAAUCCAUUUAUCAUUUCGAUAUUUAAAAAAUGUUAGGAGUGGAACGUAUUUUCCUGUUGGGGUGUGGACUCGUCUUCAGGUUCAAUCCUAAAUAACCUUCAAAUAAGCAUAGAACACAAUGUCAAAAAACAAAAGUCGAUUUUACUCCCUGAUGAGUUCCCUACCAUUAUGCAUGAAGCCAUAUGAGCAGUUUAUUCUAGAACUUCAAAAGCUUUCAAGGCAUAACAGACAAAAUGCUGUUUUACAACCGCCCUAUCUUUUUGGACACUUAAUUGAUUUACAAAAGCUGUACAACGAAGUUGCCCUGCGGGGUGGUCACAAACAAGUUACUUUUUCCCACCUGUGGUUGGAAGUUUAUCUAGCCUUAGGUCUGCCACCAGGUUGUGUCGAUGCAGGCCAUGGAUUGCGCACUAUUUAUCAGAGGUAUCUCGAGUUGUUCGAAAGAAACCAACGAAUGACGUCAAGAAGCAUUUUCACAUCCGAUGAACAGGAUGAUGCUGUUACUCACUUUGACGGUGAUGCUCAGGAUUUCGAUCAGUUCCUAAAAUCGUCUAAACAAAACAUUUAUGGGGCUUCUGUUCGUUCUAAUACUGAAGAAAUACCCAAUCACUUGCGAAAAAGUUGGAAUUUGAGUAUCGAUUUAAAAGAUGAUUUCGAAUACAUUUCAUUAGAAAAAUCAUUAUUGUCAGGGCUUCCUAAUGAAAUUGAGCUUGCGUUAAACACAAUCCUUCUUAUGUCUUCUCAACCAAAUGACUUCAGUAUUAGUAAAAAUCCUAGGCUUCUGGAUGUUCUGUUAUAUACUGUUGGCAUUUACGGACCAAAUCCAUAUUUUAUUCCAGAACAUGUCACGACGUACCAAUACAGCAGAUACCUCAAUUUUUGGGAAUCAAAUAUUGACAAAGAGAAUGGACGAGUAUUUCUUUCUCCCAUCGCCUUCUACUCAAAAGAGCUUCCUGAGGUUAUUUAUGAUGAAUUUUGUUAUCCUCCUGCUGUUCAAGAGAUGACAUAUGGUGAUGAAGAAGCUUUUCGUGUACAACUAGUCGCUACAGUACUACGUAACUUGGCUGUAGAUGAUGGAUUAAGUGCUGUCAUUAUCGGACGAAAUCCUCAAGCCUUGCGUUUCAUUUUUUUAUGUAUAUAUUCCAAACACUCGUGUCUACAUCAACUUGGUUUAGAAAUACUAUCUUCAUUGUAUUUUCCAGUUCUUGGUUCACUUAUACCUGCCCUCCAUCGUUUGCUCACUACUUUGUUAGUUUGUCCUGAUCGAAUAGAUCGCAUCCGUGGUUUACAGAUUGUGAAAAACUUAUGCUCAACACCGCUUUUCGAUGUAACCUACGACAACAUUCCACCUGUAGGUACUAAAAAGGUUUCUUUAACCAGGACUGGUCGUAACAUAGCAUUUCUGACUUCAUUGCCACCUGUUACAUUCUCUUCUAUUGCAAGCACUUUAUGUUUGCGAGAUUUGCAUUUAGUAGUUCUUGCAAUAGAUACUAUUCACAGUUUAACCUGUCUCGGUCCUACUUUAUGUGAUCGUCUGCUUCAACAAGGAUCACCACCCGAAGAAGAUCCUCCCACUUCUUUAGAACUUCAUAUACCCCACCAGAAUUCAAGCCUUCUUUCUCUACUUGUCGCUUUACUAAAUUUGGAAGCUCAGGCCAUGGGGUCGGACAGUCUCAUUCGCGUGCGUGUUAUGCAAGCAUUGGGUACAGAAUCUACCAAUACUAAGCCUUCUGUUCCAAAACCUUCAUUUUCUACCGCUUCUCCCCUUUCAAAAACAAUAUCUACCACCAUCAUGCAAACAACUUCAAGUUCUUCAUGUAUUCCUCCACAAAAUCCCACAGUCACCUCAUCCACAAAUUCGACAGUUCAGCUGCCAGUUUACUGUGCUCAACCAAACCUAACUAUAUCGCUGAAUCAUCCUUCGUGUUGUACAAGUUAUCAUUUGAGUGUUUGUGACACAUUGCAAACUCCUACUGGAAAGACUUCAAUUCCUACAGCACCAAGUUAUUUUCCUCACAAUCUUAUUGGCUGUAGUUCUCCUUCCACCACCUUUUUAGCCGCCAAUCCAUCGGUCAGUGGAGUCCAAAAUGCAGAUUCUUCUCGUGUAAAUAAACGUGAUUUGCUAGUUAGAAAUUGUCUUCCAGUCAUUACUACUCCUAGAGCUAACCUUUCUAUGCGUGAAUUUGGUACUGUUGCAUCUUCAACGCAACAAGGUUCAGGGUCUUCAUCUACUAGCAAACCAGGUUUAUCUGUGAUACAGUCGUCACACAUAACAUCAACUAUGAAUUCUGCUACUGUAAAUACUAGUAUCUCAUCUACAAAUGAUCUCAUGAGUAAAGUGUGUUUACCUCAAAAGUUAUCUAGUACACCGGCACUCAACACACCUACUAUUAACUCAGAAAUUCAAAAACAUGUAAAUCCACCAUCAAAGCCCCUUGCUACUGAAAAUGGUAUACCUCAACUUGAUAGACGUGAAUUCAUGUUUGAAUGGCUUAAAAGUAAUUAUGCUGUACAUAAUCACUCUAGCAUUCCGCGUAUUCAAAUAUAUAAUGAAUAUCAAAAAGCACAUCUACAACGAUUCAAAAAUAUUGUUGCAAUUUCGCCUGUUGACUUCCAUUCACAAAUUAAAACUAUAUUUCCUGGAGUAGGUCAGGUGAAAGUACAAGUACCGGGAGGAAGUGUAGAAAUUCACUACAACAACUUAAAACAUGUUAAUGCUCCUGAACCUGAAAGUCAACAAGGCAUAAAUGAUAUUAUGGCAUCUGUUUUAAGUCCCACCAAAAUUGAAUCCAUGUGUCAUGAAUCGCGUUCUCCAAAAACCAAAUGCCGUAAAAGACCGGCAACUGGGGCCUUUCUUCAUCCUGCAUCUCCUAAACUGGCUUCAAAAAAUGAGGAUCUGCAAAACCAGGUACUUAAAAGUUCACAAAUUGAUGUUUGUGAUUUGAAUGGCCAUCUUGAAUCCCCAAAAUUAACUAAUGGACAGUUAGUUUGUCCUUUAAAUGGUUUAUCUCGUGAUACUACAGACGUACUCAACAUGACCACAAGACUUCAUAAUGGAUCACCUCUUAGGAAGCUGAAUGCUUCAUUAAAUACAAAUGAAGAUGGUUGUGUUCAAAAGAAGUGUACAACGCCUGUGCGAGCAACAGCAGUGGUAUCCUUACCCGACUCCAAGAUUAUGAUCGUUCCUGUCUUUACUACUUAUGGUAUGGGCCAUAAUUUGACACUCAACGGAACUCCAACUAGCGAAGUUCCCAUGAUGAUCAAAAUGCAAACCUCUGAGAACCACGAAAUUAAUAAAGCUAACAACACUAUUCCGAUUUGUUCUAACAUUGACCAUACUACAACUAUUUCUAAAACUAAAGUCAACGUCAUCACGUCUUCCUUAACACCGAACAGCAUAUCAUCUACUUCAUCGGAUCGUAGCUGCAAACUGGCAAAGCAAUUAGAUGACUCAAUUAUUUCAGGAAAUUAUACAAACAGGGUUUCCACUGAUCGUGGUAAAUGUGUACAAUUAUUCUGUAUGUGGGAUAAAUGUAUGCAAACAUUUUCAGAGUCUGUUGAACUUUGCAGGCACUUUCAAAAUAUUCAUUACAAAUCUAUUCAAAAUUCAGAUCAAAUAAAAUGUGUUUGGGGGAACUGUUCUGAAGUGAUAUCUGGUCCCAGUUUUGACAUACUGAUGGAUCAUUUACGUGCUAAACACAACAUUCAAUUACCUGUCAGUAUGGAAUCUUCAUCGAAUGGUUUAUCAACUAAUGAUAAUGUUAUAUCUUCUGCAGUUAAUAAAAAUCAACCGAUUUAUACUCCAGUGAAUUCCGAAACACUUUCAGAAAAAAAUCCAAGUCAUUCUUCAUGUCAAAUCGAAAAGCCGUUCGUGUAUGAUGAAUUACAAUUGUCGAAUAUUCUAUCAGAAGAGUGUCGUAGAGCUCUGACUGGAGGAAUUCCUAAUCCACCUUUCGCACCUACACCAGUUCAUGAAGGGCCUGUAACUAAGCACCUCCGACUUACUGCGGCUCUAGCUUUAAGAAAUUUAUUACAAUAUAGUGAUGUUGCACGACGGUACGUAGUUUUAACAAACUGCUUUUUAUCAUUCACUGUAGUAAAAGGGAUAUGUCGUAUUACUACAUAUUCAUGUAUCAAGUGUUCGUUAAUAAUAUAUAUUAGUAAUCACUGUAGCAUUCCUUUUAUGUGAAGCAAAUUUUAGUUGUAGUGUGUCAGAUAAAGUGGAUUUUUAUUUAUAACAUCUAUGUUAGGUGGUCAGAAGUAGUUGACUAGAAACCGUGGACCUAGAUUUUUUACUAGUUGGCACACAUCAAGACGUAUCUACAAUCUUGAGGGAAUUAAUACUCCUUGUAGGAUCGCAUCAUCCAGCUUAAGUACUCUUAAAUUCUUCACUUAUUCUCGAUUGUGUUUAUAAGUUUGGUAGUUUGUAACAUUAUUUAUGUAAACUAUUUUCAAGUUGGAUAAGCUACACAAAUAUCCUACCCCUUAACAUUGCGUGUUUUACAAAUAUUGGUUCCUUGAUUGAUUACGAUUAAUUCUUUAACCAGUAUGAUAUGUACUGGCUUAAACGGACUUUUCACUUUUUACAUUUUUCUAUACAUUUUAAAGAAGGUAACUACGUAGUGUAUAUAUAUAUAUAUAUAUAUAUAUAUAUAUAUUCCGUUUGACAAAAAUUUAUCAUUUGAAUGAUCCGUCAAACAAAAUUUGUGAAUCAAAGGCUAUUUCGCAACCUCGUGUAUUUUUUUACAUUAAAUGUUCAACAUAUCUUAAUUUGAUCACAGUUUUAUUUUCAUAAAGUAACAAAAAGAAAACUCAAAUAUUUCAAUAUUAACAUACACUCAUCUCUUAAAGAUGUGGGAAUGGUAAAUCAAUUGAUAAGACUGUAAAGCAUAUACCAGCUGCUCCCUAAUCAUAUACGCUAGGUUCGUUAAUAUUCAGUAGGUUGGAAGAAGGCUACUAGCGACUAAAUUACGUUUCAGCCCAUAAAUUUGUACGAUUAUCGUAAUAUUUGAUUUGGAGACUUUCUCCGCGAUGUUAUUCGUUCUCUCCGAUUUACAUUCUAUAGUUUACUUGCUUCAUGAUAUUUAACAAUUUUAUUUCGACCCUCACUUUUAAGUUCCUUAAUUUUUCUUUUUUUACUGUGUUGAUGUUCAGUAAUAGCAAAUUGGACUAAUUAAUAUUUGUCUUAAAUCCCACGUUAUCUAUGAUUGGUUAGGUAAAUGUAAAACUUAUACGAAACAUAUUUUUACUGUAUACUUUUUAGUAAUUGUUUAUCUGAUAUCAAUUUUUGAUGUAAAUUACUAUUAAAUAAAGUAAUCAUUUUUUCGUAGUUAAUGUUACUAACUAUUUGGUUCAUUUGUCUGAUUAGAUUGAUUCAAUGUUUAUAUUUUUCUGUAUCUUAAUUUUAGUUAUGUAAGUUCUUGUGAGAAUCUUUUAUGUGAUUUAGCCUUUGCUAAUCUUGAAUCUUCUCCGACAAUUUUUGAGUGCCUCACACUAUUAUCCAGUUCGUUUGAUGAAAAUACACCAACAACAUCAACAUCGACAACUCAGUAUUGUAUAGAUGAGAAGCAUAUUUUCUGAGUAUCACUAGAAACACAAAAUUAAUCCUGCAUUUAAUCAAUAACAGUAACAACUACCUAUACACAAAAAAUAGUACAAACUCAACCUUUUUUAGUAAAUCAUAAUUGUUUCAUUUAUACACUGCUCAAGUUUUAUUCUGUUUAUUUAAAAUUGACUACCGGUUUAACUAAAUUCAUGCAAUUAUAUUUUCAAAUUUUAUCAAUAAGUAACUAUUCCGUUAUACAAAAGUGUAUGCCUGAUUGUACACUGUGCAUAAUCUUUUAAUUUUGAGCUAAUGUUGUAUUCGGUGACAAGUGCCAAAGGUUCCUUAUGUGAAUAUUUCUUUCUCUCUUUUCUUCAUAAUUGUAUUUUCUAUGAACAGCUGAAACUCUCCCUUCCUUCCUCUCUCAAUAUGUCGCUUUAUAUCCACAUUUUUUUGGCAGUUUUAGACUGUUUCUCAUUGAUUAACAAAUGAUGUGCUCAUGUAUAUCUAUGUAAAUAACUUACCGAAUACUUUCUUUUUUAUUCUGUUCUUAUCAGUUAUUACUAUUAGGCGAUAUAUUUAUUAUCUGCUGCACUGUGAUGGGCUUGUGUUUCUAUAAUGAUAAUACAAUCAUUAUUAUUACUAUUAUUAUCAAUAAUGUUAUUUUGUCACACCACACAUAUUAUAUAUAUGUACAGGCUAGUUUUUACUUCGUUCUCUUUUUUGUUUGGAGUGCAUGAAUUUUGCAUUUUUUUUGAGGAAAUAAACUCUUAUUCUUACUGAUUGUCUUCCUUUGUUCGCUUCAUCACUGAAGUUAUGUUCUACCUUUAUUUCGAUCAGCUUCAAGACUUUCAGUGGUAUAGUCGUUUUCGCGUAUAAUUUUUAAGUGAUAAGACAAACUUGUAGUAGCAGUCAGUGUUUUUAACCCGUGAGACGACAAAUAUCUUAUUAUGAUGUUUGUAUUUCCCAAUGAUUGAUAAACAAAAUGAGUAAAAAAUAACUCAAAUCAUCGAGUUUUAACUCGGUUUGAUGUUUGAAAACACGAAUAAUUGUAUUUGUUAAUAUCCCAUGUUAAAGUUAUAUGAUAGUAAUAACUGACAAUAAUAGUAGAUUUAUUUAGUAAUAUAAGUUUUGGUACAGUAAAUAAUCCUCAGCAAAAGUUGUACGAUGCUACAAUAAUAAAUAUCCCUUUAGCAUACAUUCAAAUUGUAAUUAUUUAAAACGAAUUUUAAAAAUGUUUUUAUUUGUCAAUAUCUUACAUCUACCAGUUCAGCUGCUACAAUUAUUUCUUUCCAUCCAUUUUUUAUAAGAUAUUCGAAUCUUAAUAUUUCAAAGGAUAGAUAAAAAGAAAAACGUACCAAGGGCUGGAGUGUUUCGGUCUUCUGCCAGUAUACUGCCUUGCAAUAAUUUGUACGCCUUUCGUAAUGAGUAAACAUGGUUAAUGUUUACG